CUCGGGGCCGCGCCCGAGUGCCAUGGCGGCGGCCGGGGACUCCCCAGGUUCUGACCCCGCUGGUGGCGCCCGGUUCUUCUGCACCGCGGGCCGCGGCCUAGAGCCGUUCCUGAUGCGGGAGGUGCGCGCGCGCCUGGAGGCCACGCAGGUUGAAUAUAUUUCAGGAAAAGUGUUUUUCACCACCUGUUCAGAUUUGACCUCGAUGAAGAAGUUAAAGUCAGCAGAAAGACUGUUUCUGUUGAUUAAGAAGCAGCUUCCAAUUGCAGUUUCCUCUCUGCACAAAGGAAAAAUACUGAAUGAAAUCCAAAGACUUAUAAAUGAUGAUCCAGGAAGUUGGCUGAAGGGCAUUUCACUUUGGAAGAAACUUCUUGAAUGUGAUACAAAAAGAGAAAAAGUUCCUCAAAAGGAUGCUAACCCACUAAAACGAAAAGCGGGAGAAAAUGAAUUUAUCACUGCUAAGAAAUUAAAAGUAGAGGAGAGAGAGGUGGUUGAUGGGAGUCACGUGGAAGGCCGGCAGGACGGAGUACCAGAAGGCUCUCCGGAGCAGGGGGCUGCUGUCACUAGAGCUGCUGGGCUCCAGAAUGCCAAGGAGAGGACAGCUGGUGCUCAGCACGAGGAGGACGGCAUGACUUUCAGGGUUUCCUGUCGCUGCAGUGGGAAUAUCAGAAAGACCCUUACUGGACAGGAGAUAGGAAGAGUGGUUGGAAUCGCUCUCAUGAGGCAGUUCGGAUGGAAGGCUGAUCUGCGGAAUCCAAAUUUAGAGAUCUUCAUGCAUCUAAGCGAUGCCUACUGUGUUCUGGGGAUUCCCCUGCUCAGGGUUCCUUUAGCCAGCAGAACUUACAUCCAGACGGCUGGGCUGCGGUCGACCAUAGCAUGGGCCAUGGCAUCUAUUGCGGAAAUUAAGGCUGGAGCGCUGGUUCUAGAUCCAAUGUGUGGCCUUGCGACCAUACUUGUGGAAGCUGCCGAAGAGUGGCCAAGUUACCGCUGCCAUCACAAAGUGUCGAUGUUAUUAUUUCUGACAUCCCAUUUGGGAAAAAAUUUCAGUUAG